ACAUUUUCCACACACUUCGUCAUUGACAAUUUCAUUUUACCAAUAAAUUACAUUUUGUAAGUAUUUUUCUUGCAAUUGGAGCAAAUGGAUUCUAUAAAACUUGCAUGUGGUGAUAAUAUAAGCAACGAAAUAGAGGAGGAGAAUAAAACUGACAAUGAAAAAGAAAUCCAUAGAGACGAAUGUUUGAAGAGAGAUGACAGUGCGUCCAUGUCUGACGAUAACAUUACCGUCCAAACCAUCGAAGAUCAUGAAUCGAAGUUAAAGGACAGGAUUGCGCAGUGCAAGAACGUUAUAGCGUCUUUGAAAUUCGAAUUGAAUGCAGAAAAGGCGAAACUUGAAAAAGAAAACAAACAACAAUACGUCGCGCAUUAUACUACAACCGGAAGUUUAUGUACAUCAAAUUUCUGCGUUUCUACUGAUAAUUUGCUCUCCGAUGUAUCGUUUGAUGCGAGCAAAUAUAGCGCUUGCGUUGACAGCAAGUUAAAUUGCGACGAGAAUCUUAUGGAAUACGAGAAACAGUUGCAGAAAUACCAAAAUACGUUAAACUUGGCCCAGUUGGAAAAGAAAAACGCGAUUAGGAAGCAAAUGUUGGCAAAAGCAUAUAAACUGAAACUUCUCGAAGUUGAGAAUCAGUGUAAUAUAGAACUGCUUCGUGUAAAACAGAGUCUUCAGUGCUUGGAACCUCUACAGAUGAUUGUCAACAAGUGGAAGACUGGUAAUGACAAUGACAGCUACGAUCUCGAUAACUAUGAGCUCAUGCCUCGUUUCCCUGAACUAAGCACUUGUACUUCUUCUGUUGAUAUUAAUUGUGUAAAAGGCGAAUUAGAAAACGAAAAAAACGCAACUGCUGAGGCAUAAAUUAAAUUAAAUAUUAAACUCUGA